CAAAUCGUCAACAGGAAGUUAAGACACUUUCUUUUCCUUCUAUCUACUUGAACAACAACGAUCAAUUUAAAAGUUUUGUGGAUUAAUAUUUUUAAAAUUGGUUUAAUAUGCCGCGGGAAAUUAAAGAAGUUAAAGAUUUUCUCAAUAAGGCACGCCGUUCUGAUGCGCGUGCUGUAAAAAUAAAAAAAAAUCCCUCUAACACCAAAUUUAAGAUCCGUUGUUCGAGGUUCCUUUACACCCUUGUCGUACAGGAUAAAGAAAAGGCUGACAAAAUUAAGCAGUCUUUACCGCCAGGACUUCAAGUAAAGGAGGUGAAAUAAUCAUUUUGGUUCGCGAUAAAUUUGUCUGAAUAAUAAAAUGAAUUAAUAACACCUAAUA